GCAUGCGUUCUUCUUUCUUCACUUCACUUCACUUCAUUUUGGGCGGCCAUAUUGCUCUGUUGCUGUGCGUGUGUCUGAUUAUCACUCGGGCUCUUAGCGCUUUCAGUUUUUCGUGUAUUGAUUGAGUGAUCGUCCAGAACAAUGGGCGACCGUAAUAACCCCAUCAAGUUUGGACCGGAGUGGCUGCGCAACUUGGCACGAGAACGUAAUGCCAGCAUUCAGGGCUCCAACAGUCAGAACGCGCUGAUGGCCUCGGGAAACAGCGCCGGUCCCGGGGCGGGCGGCGGCGCACCGGCGCGGGCCACAUCACCAGUCCCGGGAAAUCCACUUUGCGCUGCCAACACCACGCAAAAAAUACACCUUGCAAAACUUCGGUAUGGCAGAGAAGAGAUGCUUGCGCUUUAUGACAGGACCGUGGAAGCACCCUCAGAGUUAAAAUCUAUAGACCAGCUUUAUCAACCUAGAGGCAAACCACCAUUUGCGCUACAUAAUACAUUUGAAGAGGAAAUGCGGGAGAAUCUACGAAGCGGGCCACCUAUAGGCGCACUGACGCCUGACAAGUUUGGUAGAGGAAUGAGCAGAGGUUUAACUGCAACUGACAACCGCGGCAGACCACGGAUGCCGUUUGUCCGACAACCGUCACUGGGAAGGGGAAACGCAUUCCAUCAAAGGAUACCAAGUUAUGUGCCUGGUGCCGAUGAAGAUGCUCCACCUGUGUCGCGCUCCUGGAGCAAUAGUAAUGGAGGACCUUCCACUAACAGAGCUGUUAGUGAACAAUCUGAAUGGACACCAAAUAAAACUUUCCGAAGCAAGCGGCCGACUAGUAACACGAAUUGGAGGUCACCACAGACCCGCGAAGAAGGCGAGGAAUGGCGUUUGUCAGAUGCUGGGAGGCCUCGCACUGGCCAACAAGACAAGUGGGAGCGAGAUUGGGGUGACCGGCCUAAUCAGGACAAGCCACCAUUGUGGAACCAUAACCGGCGAACGUGGGGCGGGGACGCACAAAACGAGGAAAUUUUACCAGAAUGGGCAAUGGACAACGCGGAGGCAUGCGCAGGCACGUUCGAUGCGUCGGGGGCUUUCCACGGCUACAGUAAUGACGACACCAACCUGCCGAGGAACCAGGAAGCUUCCUAUUCUCUGACGAGAUCACACACUCACGGCAGUUUUGCUAGAUUAAAAUCUGUAGAAGACGGUUCGGAGGAAUGGUGGGCUUCGGCAAAGGCAAAAAAACUAUCACCGAAAAAGUUUGAUGCCAGUGAAAUCAAAUUCAAAAAGCAAGUAAGUGUUACAGCGGCAGAAGAUAGCGGCAACACCAGUUCGAGUUCAAAACAAAGCAGUACUAGUAAAGAAGAGACCAACAUGACUCAAGAUACACAGGAAAACCAAGUCACUUCGCCAGAUUCGUCUGAUAGUGGUCAGACCGAAAAUAAUUAUUCGAAAAAUAAUGCCUACCGGCCCAAGUUUGCAGAAAACAAAACUUUUGAUGCAUUAAUGAGGUCUGAUAUAAACAUGGAUGAGGCCACUGAUGAGAGAGGAAAUUUCCAAUCGGUGACUAUCAAACCUAAUAAUAGUUUGCGCCAGAAACAUCAAAACAUUGUGGCAUCGGCAGCAGAUAACCCAAAUGCACAAGCUCGGAAACCUGGGAUGCAAGACACUCAAAUGCCUGAUAAGGAACACUCCAAAUUUUCUGGUAAAUCGGCCGAGGAUGCUCUUGUCGAAGACAUUUUUGAUAUAACGUUGGACGACAAAGAUAUUCUUUCGAAGCUGAAUGUAUUGAAUACGGGAAUGUCAGGCAAGGCUUCUAUGGGCAACUCGGCGACUGCGGCUGCUAACGCCGCUAUGCAAAACCGAGCCGUAAGUCCUAGUGCUCAAAACCAAGGCAAUGUGAUGCAUAAACCUAACCUAUCUAUGGCGGGCAUGCCUGGCAUGCAUUCAAAUACAAUGCACACAUUAGGAAUGCAGAGUUCUGUAGCUAAGGCGCCAGGCUUGCAGUCUCCGGGAAUGCAUCCACACGGGCUGCUACAAUCCACCGUGCACCCCGGGCUCCAGGCCCACGGCCUGCCAUCUCCUGGCGCGCAACCAUCUGGAAUACCGUCGCCGUCCAUACAAAACUCGGGCUUACAAACAUUAGGGCUGCAGGCGUCUGGGCAAAAGAAUGCGGGCAUGCAAUCGCCGGGAAUGCAGAAUUCCACCUUGCAUACACUUGGAUUGCAAACACCAGGUCCAAAGAACCCAGGAAUGCCUUCGCCUGGAAUGCAGACUCAAGGACUUUCGACGCCCGGCAUGCCACAACACGCGCUACAAAUGCCUGGCUUGCAAGCUCCGGGCCUGCAGAGUAUCAGUAUGCAGUCAUUAGGAAUGCAACCAUCUGCUUUGCAGCCCGGUGGUAUACAGAAUGCAGGCAACCAAACAUCUUCAAUGCAUAACAUAGGAAUUUCCAACACAGCACUCAAUUCUGCAAUGAGACUACAGGGUCCCAGAUUGUUAGAGCAAGGCUCAGCAAAUAAUUCUAUGGGUAUUCCUCAUCAGAGGAUGUCACCGCCGCCGUUACUUCUUAACCCUAACAUGGGCAAUUCGGCCAUGAGUGCAACCAGUAUGCAUCAAGGUUCUACAGGGCUGACAGGAUUUCAAAAUUCGUCGGCUAUUCAAGGGAUGCCAAAUACUAGUAAUUCUCUCUUUGGACUUGGACAAAAUCCAAAUAAUGCCCAGAUGCCACCAUCUUCUGAUAUACAGAUGCCAAACCACGCGCAAAAUAACAUGUUCCCAAUGCACGGACUAGCACAUUCAGGGUCUCAGGCGCCAUUUAACUCUUUAUACGGUAACAUGAAUAUGAUGCGACAGUCACCACCACAUAAUACUGCAACACAUAAUUCCCAGAGUUUAGCUGACCAUUGGUAUUACGAAGAUCCUAAGAAAACUGUACAAGGACCUUUUUCUUCCAAAGACAUGUACAACUGGUAUAGAGCAGGGUUCUUUACCCCUAGUCUAAUGGUGAGACGCGCAUGCGACACGCAUAUGCGACCCUUGGGUUCUUAUGGGUCCGUGGUACCUUUUACCCCUGUGGACAUGGCGUCGUUCUCAAUGAGCAGUGGCUUCGGAAUGCGCACCCAGGGCCCACACGAUUCUAUGAUUAACUCUCAGCCGGCCUUAGGAUUAGAUGUGGAUUCUCUGUGGGGGCAAACUUCGACGUCUCCGGACCUCAUGUGGAUGCAACAGACAAUGAAUGCCCGCGACAUGCGAGUCAAUCUGCCAAUGUUUUUUUGGGAUCAGCAGACUUCAGUUACGUCUAAUUCCAUGCUUCCCGAGGAAAUUGUGAAAGAAAUGAAAACAGAAGACCAAAUUUUAGCCCAGCUAAGGGCGUCCCAAAGCUCCGGGGCAAUGCCCAACAUGGCGUUUAUGAGCGAACAGAGCAGCGCUCCCGUGGCGGCGCCAGCCAAGCCGGAGGAAGACCCCGCAGUAUUGAGCGCAACCCCUAACCUGGAAGAAUUGCACAAACUUAUGCAACAAGACACAUUAAUGGCUAAGACUGAUAUCCCUGAAAAGAAACAGGAAAUCAAAGAAGAAGUUCAGAAUAAAUCCGAUAAACCUAAUAAAUUGGAGCACUCACUGGAAUCUGUAAAACCCAACGAGAGUAUACAGAAUAAGCAACAGGAGGCCAAGCAGACGAAGCAAAACAAAGCUGAAAUUGAAAAAGCCACUAAGAACAAAGAGAACAAAACUAAAGCCAAGAAAGCUAAGGAAGAAAAGAAGGACGAGGGAUCCGAAACCACUAAAGAAGAAGAUUCAAAUAAAGUAGAGAGAAAGUCUGAAGACUCAUCACCUUCAAAGAGCAAAAAAGAUGAAAAAGUUAAUAAAAAGGAACUAGAAAAAGAGAAAAAGGAAUGGAUCAAGGAAGGUUUCACCAUCGUGAAAGGUCCCGAAAAAGCCCCGAAAGACAAGAAGAAAGCCGAAGAAAUCAAACUUAUCGAAGAGGCCGAGCGAAAGAGGAAAGAAGAGGAAAAGCUCGCAGUCGAAGAAGAAAAGAAGAAAAAGCAAGCAGAGGCACUUAAAAAGCAACAGGAACAGAAGCAGCAGCAGCGAGAGACUAGCGAGACUAUAAUAAAGAAAGCCCCGUGGUCAGCGGCUGUGAAUUUAGCUCAACAGGCAACGACCAAAGAUGGACUGAGCCUAGCGGAAAUCCAGAGGCUUGAAAGGGAAAAGAAGCUGGAGCAGAUGAAAGAACAACAGCAGAUGAUGCAAGUCAUAGCGCAACAGCAGGCCGCUGCACUCGCGCGCGAACAGGAAAUGCAAGCUAAUUUGGGUUGGGCGAAAAAGAAACCUAAUCCGGUCGGAACGGGACUGUCCCUGGCAGAAAUACAGGCGGAAGCUCGCAAACAAUCGGCAGUGACGGCCGCUGCGGCGGAGGCGGCGGCGCAGGCCGCGGCACAGGUGCUGGAGGACGCCGCCGGCCCGGCGCCCGCCAACCACGUGCCGUGGGGCAACAGCACUCACAACGGAGGCGGUUUCUGGGACUCGCCCGCCACAGCUCAACCUCCAAAACCUGUCGAAAAGCCUCAAGAUCCGCAACGGGCCGUGGAACAAAACGCCAGAAAUAAGAAAAAGAAUACUCUUAACAUACCUUCGAAAAAAGAAGCCUCCCCCGGCGCAGAGUUUGACACAUGGUGUAACACCGUGCUUGCUUCGUGGAGCGCCAAAAUCGAUGUGCCUACGUUUGUAGGCUUCCUCAAGGACAUUGAAUCACCGUAUGAAGUCAAAGAUUAUGUAAAGUGCUAUUUGGGCGAAACCAAAGAAUCCAGCGACUUCGCCCGCCAGUUUCUUGAAAAGAGGUCCAAGUUGCUCCGCGUCGGCAUGGUGACGCCGUCCGACGACCUGUGCUCGCCCGCCGUAGCCGUCAACCCGCGCACUACGUCGGGCUCCGACUAUCAGGAAGUAAAGGGCAAAGGCAAAAAGACAAAGAAGAAUAAAAUGCUUAAAGUUGAUGCCCGUAUUCUGGGCUUCUCGGUGACUGCGGCCGAGGACCGGAUUAAUGUCGGCGACAUUGAUACGGUGUGAGCGAUGCAGGUUACGUACUAAGUGUUCAAUAUAACUCGCCUUGUGAUAAACCCGCCGGUUAUUGUGUAAAACACGCGUGAGUUCGCGAUCUUACGAUACCAAUCUAAUUUAAUACAAGUAACUACGAAAAACGUUUGACAAAUCGUUGGUCGCUGCUAAUUCAACAUUUACAGAUAUUACAAGUUAUGUUAUGACUUGUGCUCUAUGCCAGAAACUUGAUAUUUCAAUUAAACAUAGGAUUAGUAAGACAAACAGGAACUGAGAUUUCUGAAAAAAAAAACUAUUUUAACAGUGGCAAGUGCAGCUCCAGACAAAAUGUGUUUGUUGAAAACAUAAGAAGAAAUGAAGAAGUAAGAAGCCCAGUUUGCCAUUAACUACUGACCGACUGGUUAAAACACUGUUUACAGUUUGACUAGUAUAUUUGUUGCCCAUGUAACUACACGAUUGACACCCAGCCAAAGGAAGCAGCAUAUACAUAGGUAUGCAAUACAAAUGUGCACUAAGUAACUAUUUCCUGUGACAUUAUUUCGAUGCGCAAUACAAUAAUUAAUAUUGUUUUACAACAGCUUUCGUGACUGUUUCGUGUUCCGCUUUGAUUAAUUGGUCUGUGAUUAUAACGUCAAUUUUAAACUGAGGCGAUAGGCAUAAUCAAAUAAUAAAGAUACUGUUGUAAAGUUUUCGGUUUAUAAUUAUGACUAUGUUAUAAUAUACAUAAAGGUGUAAUUAGAGAAUCUCAAACUUCUUCAAAUUACGGCCCUGUUUCUCUCUUUAAAGCGGCGAUGACAAAUUGUGCCUUGAAGUAUGAGUAUCCCGAUCAUUCUUUGGGAUUAAUGUAAUUCAUAAAGUGUACCCAUCGUCAUGUUUAUCCUUCAGCGAUCUGCGGUGGAAAACUUUAGCUUAGAUUGAUUAAAAUACAUCAAAUCAGGCUGUUUCCGCCGGUUGCCACAAGUUGUUGCCACUGGUAUUAGCUUGUAUUUUUCCCACCUUUUGCCAUUUGCGAAUAAAUAAAGCCUUCUAGUUGUUACCAAAUCGAAUUGGUGGUAACUACUGGGAUUUUUUUAAGAACAGGUGCUGUAGCCGAAUGGCAUUUCUGCGACGCGAAACGAAAACGAAACGCCGCGAAAGGUAGUCUGGCUCUGUCGCGCCAAUACGCAAGAGCGAUAGAGAUAGAUAGCUACGAAAGAGAUAUUAUCGUGAGCGUUUCGUGGGAGUUUGUGCAUUCGGCUACGCACACAGGUAAGAAAUCUCUAGAGAAUCAGAGCAUUCUUUUUUUUAAGCAGCGUGACUUCGACCACACACCUUGAGUUUGAGCCUCGUAUAUGUCAAUUCAAAAUUAUGUAUUAGCCUCCAAAUUAUGUUAUUUCUUAUGAAACCCAACCAUAACCUACGCGAGCCCUUAAGCGAUUAUGUUAUUUUGCUAGUGGUACUAGAGUCUCUGCAGUCUCGACAGCUAGUCUUCACUCGUAGCAGUGGCCAUGCCACGACGCAAAGUUAAUUCUGUCAGGCCUAGCACACCUUGUGCAUUGACUGUCGUUGAAAGAUGUGGGAGAUCCAUUCAUUUGCAUGAAUAGUGUAUGUCGGUCACACUCGUGACACAUAACGUUACAAUGAAUGUUCCAAACUUUGUUCCGAAACAUCUAAAUAAGUCCAGGGUACGUAGCCGAAUGGCACAAACGCCCACGAAACGAAACGCUCGUAGAUAUCUCUCUAUCUCUAUCGCUCUUGCGUAUUAGCGCGACAGAGCCAUACUACCUUUCGCGGCGUUUCGUUUUCGUUUAGCGUCGCAGAAAUGCCAUUCGGCUACGGCACCGGGUUCUUUUCUCAGUUACUGAACCUGAGCCAGCACAAUAAAAUAGAAAGAAAAGUUUCCCGUCAGAGUACAGUCACCGGCAUUAAUAUUGUACAAAAAACAGUGUCAGAUAAUUUAGCGGCCUUUUUGUGCGAUAUUGCCUAGGCUAGAUCUGGAUUGUGGCGCAAAACGUUUCUACGACUCCCGCGGCCCUUAGAAUCUAACUUUUGUUCUGCGAGUGCUCUACCACUGCACAAAUAUAUAUUUUUCUUUUUGGGGGCUCUUAAGUGAUUGUAAUAGGUAUGUAAUAACAUUUUUAUGAUUUUACAAAUUUAAUUUUUUUUUCUAGUCAGUUUUUUCAUUCUUAUUGAAUUUUAAUUUAUAAGAGGCAUCGAUUUAAAACAACAAUAUCAAAUGAACUUUUAAUUCUAAUUAAUAAACUGUUUUCUCAACCAAGGCCCUAUUGCAUAACAAUUUACAACUUGUAUUACAAGUGGAACUCUCUUUCUUAUAAAAGGAAUUGGUUGGGAACUACCGCUUGUAAUAUGAGUUGUAAAUUGUUAUGCAAUAGGCCCCAAAUAGCCGAAAUAAAACGCCGAAACCACAUCCAUGCCUCGCGCUCGCACUUGUGUAUUUAUUCAGUUACAAUUUAAUGUAGAUAUGGUAAAUUAUCAGUAACAGGCCAGCGUCGAAUAACUGGCCACCAAGAUUAUUUUUUACAUGAAAUUUCUAUAACCUCAUUGCAAUAACUUGCUACGUUAUACUUUAAUAAAUUAUGUUUACUGAUAAUGCAGAGUUCAUUUUUAGUACAAGUACGAGGUCAGUCUUUGAAAGGGGACGAGUUAUUGACUAUUUAGCCUACAUGUAAUGUAAUUUAAUCAUAUGUAGGACACUCUCAGGAUGAUUAUUAAGAUUAUUAUAUACCGGAUUUAUGAGAUCUAACGCUGAAACUGUCCAUUAAAACAUUACAACGUAGGCGACAUUGUCUAAUCCAUGAUCUAUGUGUUAUUAGCACCACCACCCAUAUAUACAGGAAAGUCGGCACAAAACUGAAGAGUAUUUUGCACAUACAUUACUCGUCUAUGCUAAAAUACUUGUAUGUAGUAUUACACUCACAGAACCAUAAUUUAGAUAGAAGAAUGAGGUAAUAUAUUUAUAUGUAAAUGAGCCGAGUUUGUCACAUUUUGUACUGACAUUGUUACUUCUUGUGAGUUGUGAUAGGAAAUACAGUUGUGUACAAAAUAAUUGGAGUAAGUAAAUAAAAAAAUGAAAACUAAGAGAAAAUCAUAACUUAAAAUCAAUUAAUUUGGAAUUACCUUUAUUGUUUUACUAAAUUACUACAGUAUUUUUACCCCCUGCCUGAUGAAUUGAUGAUAUAGCCAAUGGAAAAUAUACAAUUCUAUUCAAUUUGUACACUUUAGUAUCUUGUCUAUUGUUGUCAAUCAAAGUUUUACUCUACACCCAUCUCAUCCAGAAAUAAUGUUAUUUUUUUAUAUGCUCACCCACCUCGCCGAAUGCACUAAAGCUCCACUUUGGGUUUUCUCCACUUCUGGGCUUUUCUGACUGACUAAUGGGUGUUUUUGGUCAUUGCUUUGACCAGUUUGACUUAGCAAAUAAAACAAGUAGUAGAACUCAAACUGCAACAAAAAAACGAAAUAUGGGACCUACUAACACUGCCGGCAAGAGGAUAGUCACAUAGAAUAUGAUAGAUUUUUUUUCUGGGAAAGAUGAGUGCAAAACAUCGAUUAUAAUACUAAAGUGUUAUUAUAAUUAAAUACGAUUGUAUGCUUUCCAUUUUGUAUAUCACUUUAAAAGCGAUCCCUGACAGGUAAAAAAACAGUUUUCAUGACCACUUUGUUUACUUACUUAAGUAUAAGUUGGAAUCUAUGUUAAGUAAUGUAAUCAAAUAUAAUAACGAAAAUUCCAAAUUAAUUGAUUUUAAGUUAUGGUAUUUUUUUAUUGAUUGCUAAGAUUUUGCACACAACUGUAUGUCUCAGGUCCUUGAGUGUUAAUAUUUUUUUUAUCGCGAAACAAGGCAUUUUUAUGGUUUCGUUAACUUCCACCUUCAAAAAUUGACGCGCGAAAACUGGGACGGACUACCUGAAAUGUUUUGAUUGACUCCGGGUAACCUUAAGUAUGUAGUAUAUGAAAUCUGUGAGUUGAAUAAUAGUGUUUCACCUCAGCCCCGAUGUCCUACAUUAAAAUUAUUUAUAAGAAUAUAUAUACAUAAUUAUAUAUAAAUACAUAAUAUAUUAUGUACGGUGAAAUUUAAUCGGUAAUUAGGAACCAAUUUUUCUUUUCAGUAAUCGAUAUUUAUGUGGCACUUACACGGAGUUAAGUGUUUUUUAUUAAUUUUAUCAUACCUAAUUUAAAAAAAAUAUUUUCCAUUGAAGUUUAUUGUCACCCUAUCAGCGGUGUAGUUUAAAGAGUUCAAACCCCCUUCGAAAGUAAGUCGUACCUACUUAAAAAAAAACUGAAGGUUUAAUGGAUGAAAACUGUCAAUUUGUUAUUGUAAACUUCAUAAAGCACACGUCUGGUCUGUCAAAUUCCCCAGCGACGUGAUGGCACUUAACAUACACUAAUUCCUUUUAAUAAAUGUAGGGUGUCCAUGUAUCCAGUGCCUGUUAAUUUUUACAAUAUCAUUAACAAAUUAGGUAUGAAAAAAAAACUUAAUUCCAUGUAAGCAAAGACAUAUAACUCCGUAUAGACAGAUUAAGUCUAAGAAAAAAAUGUACCUCAGUACCAUACAGAAAAAGGUACGGUGGCCUAGAUGGCA